AUGCCGUUUUUCGAUGGCAAGGGAAGUAACUGUAAAUAUAACUUCCGAAUUUCGUGUUUUUCACUUAAUUGCAUUAUGUCUCAUCCAGUCCGAACACUGCCCCAGAGCAAAGAGGCACUUCUUAGAUCUUACAACAAAAGACUCAAAGAUGACAUAAAAUCAAUGGUUGAAAAUUUCAAAGAAAUUAUCAAACUAGCACGGGUUUGUAGAAUUGUAGAAGACGACACCCAAAUCUCUCGGAUGACCCAAGCAGAACAAGAUCAAUAUGAAAUGCAAGUCAGAGCUGCAAACAUUGUACGAGCUGGAGAAUCUUUGAUGAAACUGGUGUCAGACUUGAAGCAAUUCCUUAUCCUCAAUGAUUUCCCUUCAGUGAAUGAAUUCAUUGGACAGAAAACAAAACUGUACAAACAAAAACAAAGCGAAUUGGACAACAAAUUGUUAGCUUUGCGAGAUGAUAUGGCCACAGAACUUUUUGAACUUGAAGAUGAAUAUUACUCUUGUGUGUACAAAUAA